AUGGCCGCUCCUCGCUGGAAGACAGCAAUCGAGAAUGCACUCGCCAAAAGCGACAAGUCCACUGUGAUCCAAAUAUCCACCGUUUCAACGGGCGGUGCCGCUCGCCCACAUGUUCGUUCGCACAUCUUCCGUUCGUUUAUCACGCCGAAAUCACUGCCAUCGCUGCCGGUGCUGCUCUCGUCAACAGACGCCCGCACGCCCAAAGUCGCCCAGAUUCUGGCGAACCCGCUCGUUGAAGUCGCGUGGUGGAUCGAGGGCACACAGGAACAAUUUCGCAUCUUCGGCAAAGCAAGUCUGGUUCCGUCUCCGGACUUCACAUUUGAUGCCGAUACCGAUAUGGCACAAAGCGAUGGCGAGAGCUUCUACGAUAAAUGUAUGAAGAGCGGGGUGCUUUCGACUGCAGACACUAUUCAAGGCGACUAUGCGAAGAUAGGAUUGAACCUCGCGUAUGAUUCCUUAUCCAAGGAACCUGGAUUCGACUGGGAAGCUAAGCGUGUCGAGUUAUUCAAGACGAUGUCGGCCCAUAUGAAAGCAAGCUGGUGUCGCCCGACUCCUGGCAUUAAACUCCCUAGAGGAUAUGAUGACGCGAAGAAGUGGCCUGAACGUGUUGAAGAACCCAAAUCCGGUGAUCCUGAUUAUGAACAAAAGUCCAAGGAUUGGACUACUGCGUUGCGCAACUUCUCUCUGGUAGUCAUUGAACCUCUCGAUAUUGAUUACGUCGAGCUUGACGUCGUACCAAAUCGCAGGACUCAUUUCUGGCGAAGAGAUGUAGGUGAAGAGAAGUCGGUACAAUGGGAAGAAGAAGCGGUCGUUCCGUGA